GGCCGCUAGCCCGUGACGCUCCCCCAGGGACCCUGCCCUGCUCCCCGGAGCUCUUCCCUGUGUACCGCGGGGUGGGCGUGGGUUGUCUCCGGAGAGGCGUCGGGGGGGAACACCCGUGGGGGACUGGAUCUCCUAGGCGGGCCCUGAGAAUGUCGACCCCAGGCUUUAGAGACUUGGAGGUGUGGGAGGGGUCGCCUUCCAGUCCGGCCUGCGAAUCUCUUGCACGUCCUAUUUUCUCUCUGCUCUAUAGACGUCUGUGUUCACCCGUAACACGUGUCCAGACUGGAAUGCUCAUUUAUUAAGCCGACAUUUGCGACAGUCAAUCGAAGGCUGUUUGAUCCUCAGAACUUCAUCCAAGAUGAAACAGGAUGCGACAAGAAAUGCCGCCUACACAGUGGACUGUGAAGACUAUGUCCAUGUGGUAGAAUUUAAUCCCUUUGAGAGUGGGGACUCGGGAAACCUAAUUGCGUAUGGUGGCAGUAAUUACGUGGUCAUUGGCCUGUGCACGUUUCAGGAGGAAGAAGCAGAUAUUGAAGGAAUUCAAUACAAAACACUACGGACAUUUCACCAUGGAGUCCGAGUUGAUGGUAUAGCCUGGAGCCCAGAAACCAAACUAGAUUCUCUGCCUCCUGUGAUCAAAUUUUGUACUUCAGCUGCUGAUAUGAAGAUUAGAUUAUUUACUUCAGAUCUUCAAGAUAAAAAUGAAUAUAAGGUUUUGGAGGGCCACUCAGAUUUCAUCAAUGACCUGGUGUUCCACCCCAAGGAAGGCCAUGAGAUUGCCAGUGUGAGUGACGACCACACCUGCAGGAUUUGGAACUUGGAAGGAAAGCAGACGGCUCAUUUUCUUCUUCAUUCUCCUGGAAGGAGUGUAUGCUGGCACCCCGAGGAAGCUUUUAAGCUCAUGGUUGCCGAGAAGAAUGGAACAAUCCGCUUUUAUGAUCUAAUGGCCCAGCAGGCGAUUUUAUCUCUUCAAUCAGAACAGACACCGUUAAUGUCAGCACACUGGUGCUUGAAAAACACCUUCAAAGUUGGUGCUGUCGCAGGAAAUGAUUGGAUAAUUUGGGACAUCACUCGGUCCAGUUACCCUCAAGAGACGAGACCUGUUCACACGGACCGAGCACAUCUGUUUAGGUGGUCUGCAAUCAGCGAAAACUUAUUUGCUACCACUGGGUAUCCUGGCAAAAUGACAAGCCAGUUUCAGAUUCACCACUUAGGACACUCUCAGCCCAUCCUCACUGGUUCUGUGGCAGUCGGAUCUGGUCUUUCCUGGCAUAGAACACUCCCACUGUGUGCGGUUGGAGGAGACCACAAGCUCUUGUUUUGGGUGACAGAAAUAUGAUGUUCCUCUGUUUUUUUUAUCCUAUACUUUGUAUUUUGGUGUAUAUUUUGGAAAAAUCCUUAUUUUUAUAUCAAAUAUACUGUAAGUCUAGAAAUGCCUCAGUUGUCUUCUUUGAUAAAUAAAAUGAAGACUUCUUGAAACAUA